GCGAUGUUAUAGUUAGACAUUUCAAUAAUUCUCGAGCAUACUUCAAAUAUUCACGAUAGUAAUAUGUUGUGCAAAUACAUAAAUCACGUACCUGACUUCUCCAGGUCUAGGUCACUCCGAGACACCUUUCUUGCAAGGUAUGAUAAUACUUCAUGUUUACAAACAUUAGUUAUCUUCCUGCUGCAAGCGAAGGCUGUUGUUUACAAAGUCUUCGCCCAUAAUUUAUUUGCAUGUUGCUCACACGCAACCUUUCCCAAACUGAAUUUGACGCAUGCGCUCUGUGUACAUCUCUAGAAUAAAAUUGUGCUCGCUGCUCUAAAACUGCACGCCACUCUGUAGCGUACAUCUAGAGAUCUAAAGUCCGCAUGCGCUGUACGCUAACUUUGCAUCCGGUUGCACCAAACGCUUGGAGCGCAUAUAACCUGAGCUUGCUAUCAUUUUCAUUCAUUCCGCUCGAGUCUAAGGACUCUCCAGUCUUCUACUAUACUAUGGUAAAGUAAUGGAUAAACCUAUUACCCGUUGUGUUUUGUGAGUGCCUUAGUUCCUAUCGUGUGCAGAACGUUGAAUUACAACAUUGGCGACGAAAUUUCCGAACCAUGUCCAAGGACUCCAUCGACCAGUUCCUUAUCAGUGGGCACGCAAGUGAGGUCCAACAGCGUUGGAAGAAAUGGCGGCGGGCUUUCCAGUACUUCAUCGAAGCCAAGGACAUCACCGACCCAGAUCGCCAGCGCAGCAUGCUGUUGCACAAGGCUGGCCUACAGAUUCAGGAGAUCUUUGAAGAUCUCGAAGACCCGGUUGCGCAGGCAGAUAGACCAGGGGAUGACAAUGCUUUCAAACAAGCGGUAAGAAUGCUUGAUGAGCAUUUCGCAUACACAGUCAAUCCAACUUUUGAGCGGCACGUUUUCAGACAGAUGUCACCCAAUGUAGGAGAGAAUGCCACGCAAUUCUGCACCAGACUCCGUACGCAGGCCAAACUUUGUGCAUUUGCUGCAGAUGACGAGCACAUUCGUGAUCAGAUGAUUGCCACUUGUAUUGACGUCGAUCUGCAACGCUCUCUUCUGUCCAAGAGUAACCUUACCCUACAGGUGCUGCUGGAAAAGUUUCGCGUGCGAGAAUCGUCAGGCAUUCAAGUAAGAUCUAUGGCUACGGCAGCGUCAAGCGUCAGUGCCAGCCCGAGCAGCGUCGACGCCGUACGCUCUACGACAUCGUCAACGCGCUCCCCAUGUACGCGAUGCAACAGGGUGGGUCACGCGUCGUCAGCUGACGAUUGCCCAGCACGCCGCCGCCGAUGCAACACGUGUAGUAAGGUUGGACACUAUGCUGUUUGUUGUAGAUCUCAAGGUGGUACUAGUAGUAGUAAUGCAAGUAGAUCAUCGCAUGCCCAACCUAGGGAUGCUGGUACUCACCAUGUCUCACUGCCUGACCAAUGUGAUGAAGCUCUAAGCUCAGAUUUCAUGAUUGCCAAUAUUGGGUCCCAGCACAGUCACACUGGCAAAUUCCGAGUUGAUGUACAUGUAAACGGGAAACCCCUCAACAUGGAACUUGACACAGGGGCACAGUUAUCGAUCAUUCCUGAAGCUCUUUGGAAACAGUUGUGGGGAGAUGUCAAACUGAAUGCCACCAAGACUGCACUCUGUACUUUCUCGGGGGCACCUUUAACUGUUGUGGGGGAGGCCUGUGUCGAUGUACAGUACCAGUCGCAACAUGUCCAGGAGAAGAUUCUUGUGGUCAAAGAGGGCACCACCCCGUUGUUCGGCCGCAAUUGGUUGUCUAACAUACGUUUGGAUUGGCAUACCAUCUGUUCUGUCUCUUCUGCUCCACGUACGUCUGAUUCUGAGUCUGUAUUAGACGAGUUCCCAAGCGUUUUUGAAGGUGGUCUGGGCAAGAUCCAUGACUCGGAGGCGGUGAUCCACAUUGCCAGCGGGGCAAUUCCCAAGUGUUACUCAGCUCGACCGUUGCCAUACGCCAUGAAACCGCAAGUUGAUGUUGAAUUAGAUCGUUUGAUUAAGGAGGGUGUUCUAGUUCCGGUAGAAUCUUCAGAGUGGGCUUCUCCUAUUGUUGUUGUGAAGAAAGCCGAUGGUUCUAUACGACUCUGUGCAGACUUUAAAGUCACCAUCAACCAGCAUAUUGAAAGCAACAUACACCCUAUUCCAAAUCCCAGUGAUUUAUUGUCCAGCAUUGCAGGGGCCUCUGUUUUCUCAAAAGUUGAUCUCAGCCAAGCAUACACUCAGUUGCCAUUGUCCGAAGACAGUCAGAAACUGUGCGUCAUUGCAACCCAUCGAGGGUUAUUUGCUUUCACGAGAUUGCCCUUUGGCGUUUCCUCAGCACCAUCAAUCUGGCAAAAGACUAUAGAGCAGAUCUUAGCUGGCAUCGAUGGGGUCAUCGUGUACUUUGAUGACAUCUUAAUCACGGGAACCAACCAAGCAGAGCAUGAUACCCGGUUGCGUCAAGUUCUAGACAGAUUUGAGAAGGCAGGAUUACAGCUGAAGAAAGCGAAGUGUGAGCUGAACCAGGAGAGUGUCAAGUAUCUAGGCUUCAUUGUAUCAAGCAAGGGGCUGCAUGCUGAUCCUAGCAAAGUAUCUGCUAUAGCCAAAGCACCACAGCCCACUAACUCGUCAGAACUACACUCCUUCUUGGGGCUGGUCAACUUUUAUGGUCGAUUUAUCCCUAAUGCUUCGCAGUUGUUGUAUCCCUUGAACCGUCUUCUUCAGAAGGGUACAGAAUGGAACUGGACUCCCGAGUGUCAACAUGCGUUCAUCCAGUGCAAGGAGAUCUUAGCAUCGUCAAACGUACUGGCUCACUAUGAUCCCAAGAAACCACUCAUCUUGGAGUGCGACGCGUCUCCCACGGGAAUCGGUGCCUGCCUACUACAACCAGACAAACUUUCUGUGCUUCAGGAACAACAGCUCACGGAUUACAUUAAGUCUGUCAAUGUUGAUCCUUGUCAUGAUCUGCCAUUAUCCGCUACCGAUGUUAGCAAGGCAACUUCAGCUGACCCCACUCUACGUAAGGUCAUGCACCACAUCACACAUGGCUGGCCUAGCAGUGUCCCAGACAGUCUUUCCUCGUACUAUCGUAUUCGAGACCAGCUAUCUGUUGAGCAGGGAUGUAUCACCUGGGGUUUGCGGGUUGUGAUUCCCUUGGUAUUUCGUUCCAGUCUGUUGCAUGAGUUGCAUGUUGAUCAUCUUGGCGUAUCUCGCAUGAAAGCUGUGGCUAGAUCCUUCUUCUGGUGGCCUCACUUAGACCAAGACAUAGUUGAACUUGCUGCGAAUUGUCGUCUAUGCCAACAGCAGGCUCGAGCACCAACGAAGGCACCCAUUCACCACUGGGUCUACCCGAACCGGCCAUUUGAGAGGGUUCAUCUUGAUUUCGCUGAAUACAAAGUUUUGCAACGCACAUGCAGGCCAAGCAAGACUCUGCGCCAGCUAUGCGAGCUUUUCUGCCAGGUGACAGCGUCUGGGUCAAGGAUGUUCGCCAUGACAAAUGGACACCAGCGGUUAUUGCAGCCAGACUGGGACCACUGACCUACUCUGUUGAGAGUGGUACCACCAUCCGUCAUGUCCAUAUUGAGCAUUUACGGUUACGAGAUCCCGCCGGUGAUACAUCCGACAGUGCUGAUUCGGCUCGUAAGUGUCCAUUGCCCUCCAUACCUGAUAAUUUGAUUACUCCAGAGGAUAGCUCUGAGAACGCUCCUACUGUUACAGCUGCUACGUUUCCCGCUUCUAGUACUGUUACCUACAAUGAGUCUGCAGAUGCAAGCACAGCAAUAGAUUCUGAACCAGACACACCCAGUCCAGCAGUCUCUUUGCGACGUUCUACUCGGAUCUCUAGACCACCAGAGCGCUUAAUUGAGAACCCGUCUUUCGGCAAGUAACUGGACGGGGUUUCCGGCUCAUGUUUAUAGAUUUCGUCUUUACUUUCAGGCUUCAUUUUAUUUUGUGAAGGGGAAGGGAAUGUUAUAGUUAGACAUUUCAAUAAUUCUCGAGCAUACUUCAAAUAUUCACGAUAGUAAUAUGUUGUGCAAAUACAUAAAUCACGUACCUGACUUCUCCAGGUCUAGGUCACUCCGAGACACCUUUCUUGCAAGGUAUGAUAAUACUUCAUGUUUACAAACAUUAGUUAUCUUCCUGCUGCAAGCGAAGGCUGUUGUUUACAAAGUCUUCGCCCAUAAUUUAUUUGCAUGUUGCUCACACGCAACCUUUCCCAAACUGAAUUUGACGCAUGCGCUCUGUGUACAUCUCUAGAAUAAAAUUGUGCUCGCUGCUCUAAAACUGCACGCCACUCUGUAGCGUACAUCUAGAGAUCUAAAGUCCGCAUGCGCUGUACGCUAACUUUGCAUCCGGUUGCACCAAACGCUUGGAGCGCAUAUAACCUGAGCUUGCUAUCAUUUUCAUUCAUUCCGCUCGAGUCUAAGGACUCUCCAGUCUUCUACUAUACUAUGGUAAAGUAAUGGAUAAACCUAUUACCCGUUGUGUUUUGUGAGUGCCUUAGUUCCUAUCGUGUG